AUGAAGGAUCAUCAUCUUCCUCAGGGGUACAAUCUGAGGCCAUUAGAGAAAGAAGACUAUGUCAAAGGGUAUUUGCAUACGCUUCAAACUCUCACGUCGGUUGGCGACAUUAGCCAGUUUCAGUUCAACGAAGUGGUGGACUACUGGAAGUCCCAGCCUAAAACGUACAAGAAUCUGGUGAUAACCAACUCAGAGAGCGAGGUUGUUGCCGUGGGAUCGCUGAUCGUGGAGACCAAGAUGAUUCACGGCUGCUCGAAAGUGGGACAUAUCGAAGACAUUGCUGUCCGGCCCGAUCAACAGGGUAAGAAGCUCGGAUUGUAUCUUGUGCGGGAGCUCGUGAAACUGGCCAAAGAGGAGGACUGCUACAAAGUGAUAUUGGAUUGCGAUCCGAGAAACGAAGUUUUCUAUGAAAAAUGCGGAAUGCAUAGAGCUGGACUCGAGAUGGAAAUUCGAUUCUAA